AUGGCGUCCACUUUCCGUCUUCUUCUUCUCUUCGCACUUUCAGGGCUAGUUCACAACUUCGCGGCCGCACAAAAUGGCGUCGUCGGGUACGGCAUCGACUUGUACGGCGACCUGUGCUGCCAAGCCUGCCACGACUCCCUCUCUUCCCUGUACCUGAGCUGUACCACCUUCCACGAUGGCGACAUGGGCGGGGGCGACGGUAUGGGUAUGGGCGGGAUGGAUGGGAUGGACAUGGGCCCGAUGGGGAUGACCAGCCCGGAGUGCUACGCCAACAACACGGCCUGGCUCGAGACGAUGGCGUACUGCAUCCAGCAGAACUGCGACGCCGACGGGUACCCAGCCGAGAAGCAGGCGGCGUGUUUCAGCAAGCAGGCCGUGGGCGGCGCGUCGACGCCGACGUUUAAGGAGAGUCUUCCGGCCCGGCCGCCGACGGAGGAGCUGGCUAGUGAUGCGAUGUGGCUGAAUAAGACGAGCUUGGUAAACCACGAGUUGUACUAUUCCACUCAUGGCACGUAUGGGGAGUUUGCCAGGCAGGAGAGGCUACACACGAAAUAUUCUCUCAUCGUCUACCUCGUCACGAUCGGCCUCAUCACAGUCUGCGGGCUCUUCGCGCAAGCAUUCAGCGUGCUUCCCGGCCUGCAUAAAAGCCUCAGCAACUCGUCUCUCUACGCCAAACUUCAAUCCUCUGUCUUCCUCCCCGCCCUCUUCGGUAGCAAACGCCUGCAACCCUUACCCGGCCAACUCGGUUACGUUCCAGGCCGCGCACUCAGCCUGUUCAUCGCACUCUUCAUCAUCCUCAACACCAUCUUCUCUGCCGUUGACUAUGGCAACUUCUCGCCCAACCUCUGGUUCAUGUCUCCAGAGUUCGAGACGGCCGAAUACGUCGGCAACCGCACGGGCACGCUCAGCUUGGUGAACAUGAGCAUUGCCAUUCUCUUUGCGGGCCGGAACAAUGUGUUGAUGGCGUUCACAGGGUGGAGCCAGACGACGUUUAUGGUGCUGCACCGAUGGAUUGCGAGGGUUGCGGCCGUGCAGGCGGUUGUGCAUUCGAUUGCGUAUACCGUGGCAUACUUCGAGCCCGGAUAUGAGGGCGCGUCGGCGUAUGCCGCGAUGGCGGCCCAGCCUUUCUUCUACUGGGGCAUAAUUGGCACCAUCGCCCUCUGCCUUGCGGCCGCAUUCGCCUUCCUUCCCUUCCGCGCCCGUCUCUACGAGCUCUUCCUGUUCUUCCACAUCGCCUUUGUGGUCAUCGCCCUCGUUGGGUGCUGGUACCACCUGAUCCCCCACUUCGGCUUUGACUACGGCUACCAAGUCUGGCUGUACCUGUGCUUCGCCUUUUGGGCCGCCGACCGCGUGGCCAGGGUGGCCCGCCUGCUGUACUACAACGGUCUGACGGGGUCGAAAGCCGUCGUGGAGGCUGUCCCAGGCUGCGACGGAGAAAUCCUCCAAGUGACGCUCUUCCCACGGUCGACGCGUGGGUUUGGUCCAGGGCAGCAUAGUUUCCUGUAUGUCAGUGGGCUGCUGAAGUUUUGGGAGAGCCAUCCCUUCAGCGUGGCUGCGUGGUCGAAAAAGGGACAAACCGGCGAGGAAAAGCCGAACGUCAAGUUUUUGAUUCGCGCGCACAAGGGUGUUACAGCCAAACUGCGGCGCCAUGCGCUCGCACUUGAUUCCUCCUCCACGCCGGCUGCGCCACUGACGCUCUCUGUGAUGACGGAGGGGCCCUACGCCGGACACCGCGCGACGCUGUACCCGCUCCGGACCGCGGACACGGUGGUGUGUGUGGCGGGCGGUGUCGGCAUUACUCAUGUGUUGGGUGUGCUACAGAGCCUGCGCGCGUACACGGCCGGGAGUGGCACGGAAAAGACCGAGGAAGGGGUAGUAGUGGAGGGUGAGAGGAGGAGAAAGAGGGUGGUGUUGGCGUGGACGGCGCGGGAAAGGGCUUUGAUCGAGCAUGUCCGACAGACCUUUGACCUGGAGGGCGUGGAAUGUCAGUUUUGGUGCUCGGAGUUUACCUCAUCAUCAUCGUCGCCUUCGUCGGCCCCUGUGGAUGUGGAGAGCUCCGGGAACCAGAGUGAUAGCGGGAGUGCUGGUGUGCUGGACAAGGAAAUUGGGUCUGACACGAUCGUGCCGGUGCCAGGGGCUGGUGCUGCGGUGAAGUCUGGGAAGAUGGAUGUCGGGGCUGUGCUGCGCGAUGCGGUGGAAGCGGGCCAACAGACUGCCGUGUUGGUGUGUGCGCCGGGAGCGAUGGCGGAUGAGGUCACGAAGCAGGUGGUCGUGUGUGUGAAGGGUGGGUUCCGAGUGGAUUUGGUGGAGGAAACGUUUGCUUGGUAG